AACCGCAACAUAUCGAAGACUACAAGAAAGUAAUCACACACUGCCCCGUGGCCAAUUAUUUUGAACUAAAAGUGCGACAUUUUAGGGUGUUAAAAUUUGGCUGCCUGACGCAGAGGAAGUAUGGAUCAGCGCGGUGGUGACAGAAGAUUUUGUGCCCUCAAAAAAAUACCUUAGAGUACAACCGGAAAACGGCGAGGAAGUAUCUAUCCCUGUUCUUUCACCUGAUCACCUGCCUUUCCUAUGCAAUCCUGAGUUCCUCAUCGACACGAACGAUCUGGCAACGUUGAGCUACCUGAAUGAACCCGAUGUCCUCUACAACUUGAAGUACCGCUUCGAGCUCGGCAAUAUCUACACCUACUGCGGAAUCGCCUUGGUAGCUAUCAAUCCGUACAAGGAUCUUGACCUGUAUGACGACAAGUACUUUCGUCACUUUCGAGGACGAAAUGUGCGCCAGCUCGACCCUCAUAUAUACUCGGUGGCCGAGGAAGCGUUUGCUUCCCUUGUUCAGUAA